AUGAUGCAAGAUUUGGUGAUAAACCUGCCUCAAGACCAUUUGAAGCAUAUGAAGGUUUUUCUUAAUCACCGAAUACAAAAUGCGAAGGACGCCGAUCAAGUAAUCAUCUUGGUUUCGCCAGAACUGAACAUCGAUAUAAGCAGCAUCGCUAAGGACCUGAUAAAAGACCUAGGUUUCUUCGUAAUCACACGUCGCAGCGUGAUGGAUUGUUACGAGAGGAGCGAUAAGUACGUGCCUGGCUGCAUUUCGCCGCUGCUAAUCGCCGAGGUUACCAAGUCCCUGACAAUGAAACACCCAGUCGCCCAGGGCGGUUGGCUAAUGUUUGACCACCCUUGCACGGUCCGCGAGGCGCGCUGCCUGCAACAGCUGGGCGUGCUGCCGUCGGUAACGCUGGUGCUGUCGCCACCACCACCCCUGGCACCGCCCACUGACAACCCGCAUACACCCGCGCGCGGCUUCUUCCAGCAGGACUUCGAAGGGCUGAAGUACGCCUACAGAGCGACGCUUAAAGAGGUGCACGUGGGGCCCGGCGACGACUGCAAGGCGGUGGCGGCGAAGUGCGUGAGGGGGAUACGGGCGGCGGCGGCGGGCGCUGCGGACGGCGCGCGCUCGCUGCAGGCGGUGGGCGCUCCGGGGGUGUAUCGGGUGCUGUUGCUGGGGCCGCGCGGGUGCGGGCGGCGCCUGCACGCGGACGCACUCGCGCGCCGCUUCAGACUGCUGCACUUGAACUACGACGUCCUGUACAAUGAAGCCAAGUGUCGGGAAGACGACGUUGGCGAGAAACUACGCAACUACGGCUGCAGCGCUAGACUCAAAGCGGAGAUUGUGAAGCGCCGUUUGACCAAGAAGGACUGCAUUGACAACGGCUGGGUUCUCACCGGCUACCCGACCACCGGCGUCGACUUCGAGAUGCUGGACAACAUGCCCACACCUCCUAAUCGGAUCAUAUUCCUGAACGCGGAUUGGCAGACGUGCAAGGAGCGUGUGCUGUCGCGCGGCGUUGAUUGGUGCACGGGGCAGCAGGCGCCGCUCGGCUCCGGGCCUCGGGUGCUGCUGCAUCCCGCGGACGACGAGGCGCGACUCGACAGCGAGCUGGACGCCUAUUUCUCGGAAACUCUGGCGGAACUCCGAGCCGCCGCCGGCAUAAACGCAGUGGAGGUGGACGCAAUGAAACCUAUCGAUCAAGUACAGGUCGAAAUACAAGCGGCAAUAAUGGCGGCGCCGGCUUUCAACAUAGAGUUCGGUUCGCAGCUGAGCAACGUACGCGCAGAC